AUGGCCAGAUCUGUGCUGCGAAAUCCAGCAGCGCUGCUUCUGAUCGCAGCCUUGGCAAAAAGCCGUGAGGCGACGCGUGAGGAUCCAACCACGACAAGCAAGACCACGACCACUACCCCGACGACCACCACCACCACAACUACCACCACAACACCUCGGAAUCAUGCUCCGGCAUGGUUGGGUGCUGCCUGGGUGGCCUCCUCCUUCAGUGACUGCACCCAAUGCAGCUUCGGCUCAGUGCAGAUUCGGGAGGUCAAGUGCGUGGCAGUCUUUGAAAAUGCGUUAUUGCCGCCGGAGAUCUGCGAGAAUCUGCCAGCGCCUCCUACAACAAAAGACUGUGACUGUUCGGUGCUGCCCUGCAAUUCUGCGCUAGCAUCGAAGUGCCCAAGCCAGGCUACCUGCACCUCACCAGAUGACAUGGAUCGCUACUUCGUAGAGCUAGGCUGCUUCAAGCGCGUUGACGGGCAUGAAGGACCUGGUAGACAAGGAAAAACUGCGAUAGAUUGGAGCUGCAUGGACUAUGAUGGCAAACUGCCUUGCAAGAGUGGUUUGCCGUUUUACUCUAUGCACUCCAAUGCAAUGUCGCCUUCUCUAUGUUACGACUUCUGCACCAGCAAGGGCUUGGAUAUUUUUGCCCUGGUCGAUGAGAGUGAAUGCCGAUGUGGGGUGUCAUCUGCGAACCGUAAUCUCCGGCAUCGUGGGGACGGCAAUCCGCUGUUGCACUUCCAGGUGGCAGUUCUGGAGCAUGCGGAACCAGACAAAGGCCUUUGCCCACUGCGCGCCUACCGCUAUGUUGGUCAUUUCGAGGCGGGAGGUCUGCCAGUAUCGAUGGUGUCAGCAUUGGCUGGCGACAUUGAGUACGUAGACAGCGUGAUUGCUGGGCAUCAGCAGACUGCGGCGGAGGAGGACAUAGGCGCUCCGCCGGCGCACCGGCACAUGGAAAAGACUCCAGUCGGGCACAAAAUGAGGGACCUGCAAGAUGAUGCUCCUGAACAACUUCCCUGGUCCCGUGCAUGCUAUCCCCAUAAUUGUGCCGUGGGCAGCGGACCUUGGGAGGACCGUAUUGAGGAGGUUCCUGCAGGUGUCAACGACAUCUGGAAGGAUUAUGUGAUCAUACCUUACGUGUUCGACCACGGCGUGGACAAUGCACGCAAGGAAGCCUUCAGAUCUGCCGUUGUCCGCUGGCAUGAGGGAACUUGCGUGGUCCUGAAGGAGGUGUUGCAAAUCCACAUCAACCAACCCUACAUCAAGGUAGGCAUUUACGACGAAGACAGCUGCUGGUGCCAGGGUCAAGGUUAUCCAGGAUACUGGCACGGACGUCCCCAAGCCGUCCUCAUCAAUCUAGGCUGGUGCAACAGCAUUUUCUAUGUGGGAUCCAUGGUACAUGAGAUCGGACAUGCCUUGGGCAUGAAUCAUGAGCACAAACGGCCCGAUGCCUAUGACGAGCUGCAUGGACACGGACCACACAUUGUCGUGCAUUGGGAAAACAUUGAAAGAAACUGGAGAUCUCAGUACAUAGAGGAGCCGAACACCUACACAGGUUCAAACUACCAGGGUGCUGGUGAUAGCUAUCACGGAUAUGCUCCAUAUGAUUAUGAAAGCAUCAUGCACUAUCCCCUGACCGAUGCUUUCGACCCGGUCGAACCUGGUGUAGCAGGUCUCCUCGGCAAUCGGGACUAUCUCUCCGAAGGUGACCUUUUUCAGGUCAACGACAUGUACCAGUGCAAGGAGAAGAGUGUCCCCGCCGUCACCCUGCGAUGCGCAUUUGAGGUCGAUCUUUGCGAUUGGAAGGAUGUAGGCUCCGCAGCAGCUGCCAAGUGGAGCGUCCACGCUGAAGAUUCGGGUGCAGGCCCGGCACGCGGUGCGGGAGAGAGUCUGGGCUACGCAUGGGCCGAGGUGCUGAAGCAUCCACAAAAGGCAAUCAUUUUGCAGAGCCCGUUCCUGGACAUCACGAAGCAUUACAAGCUGCAGUUCAGCUACUAUGCGUCGGCUGGCAAGCUCGAGGUGGAUUUCCAGGAUGCUUUGGGCAUGACCAAAAAGCUUUGGGACAGCACCAACGCCACGCAAGACUGGAAGCUCCAGGAGCUGACAGUCGCGGGAGCCCUGGCUGUGCGUUUUGUCGCCAUCGCAAACCAAAGUGAGGCAUCGCAGGCUGCACAUGCAGCUCACCUGGGAGUUGGACUAGACGAGGUAGACAUCAUGGAUACGCAUGGUGGUGAUGAAGCCACCAUGGCAAACGUGCAGGGAUCGACUGAAACAAGCUCCAAGGGCGCCUUUGCUGAAAUCGUCGCCUGGUUCCGCGGCAUUCUCGACACACUCUUCGCUAAGAAGUAUGACGAUGCCCGCAGCCGGGCUUUGCGUUCGCGUCUCCAUGGCCGUGGAAGUUCCAUCCUGCCAAUCUCUUUAGUUGUCUUAAGCAUCGCAGCAGUCACGAUAUCCCUCAUCCGACUAAGAGCGCGAACUGCGCCUGCUGCCUCAGGUUUCAUGCUCGUUACUGGUGAGUGA